AUGGGUAUCUCAUCCAAGUGGAUUAAAUCCUUGGUUGGCAUAAGGAAGCAAGAAAAAGGGCAGAAUGCAGAAAAGCAAGAAAAAGGACGAAAUGCUGAGAGCAGUGAAACUACGAGCUGUGCUAAUCAAUCGCUGCACAAACGGAAACAUUCUUUGGAUCCUGGAGGUGCACUUGCAGUCGAAGAAAUUACAGUACAAAGUGGAGCAUUGACUGAUGACAAAAGCAAACAGACAAUUUCAAAUUCAAUUUGUUCAGACAGUACAUCACUUGAUGUGCAAAUUUCUCAGGCUGAACAUCAUAGUAAAGAAGAUUUGGCCGCAACUGUUGUCCAGUCUGCGUUUCGAGCAUUCUUGGCUAGGCGUGCUUUACGAGCUUUGAAAGGAAUAGUUCUACUUCAAGCCCUUAUUAGGGGUCAUUCUGUUAGAAGGCAAACAGCAGAGACACUUCAAUGUAUGCAAGCGCUGGUAAAAGCACAAGCUCGUGUCCGAGCAAGACAAGUUCGUGUUGCCUUAGAAAAUCAAGUGGCAAGGAAAAAGAUUCCUGAACAAGAUGAUCAUGAGAACCAUGUCCGAGAAGUUGAGGGAGGCUGGUGUGGCAGUAUUGGUUCCAUGGAGGAAAUGCAAGCUAAAGCAUUGAAAAGGCGAGAAGCUGCUGCUAAGCGUGAGAGGGCAAUGGCAUAUGCUUUGACUCAUCAGCGGCAAGCUGGUUCCAAGCAACAAAAUUCUACGAGCCUGCAAGGUCUUGAACUUGGUGAGAACCACUGGGGGUCAAAUUGGUUAGACAGGUGGAUGGCUGUACGUCCAUGGGAAAACAGGUUACUUGACUGUAAUGCCAAAGAGAGUCUGCCAACGCAUGAAGAUAAGAAGGAUGAGGAAGCAAAUUCUCAGAUCACACCAAAGGGUAAAGUGUCAACUUCCAAUACUCCUGGUCUGAGCAAGAAGAAAGGUGUAAACCACAAAAAGUCAUAUUCAGAUGUUAGUUGUACUUCAUUUGCACGACCAGCAAAUGUAUUGCCAUCCACAUCUUUAGGAUCAUCCAAACAGAAGGCCAAGGUUACGGAUGAAGUUUUCGAGGAAGUCAGCUCCCAGCCGACAGAUAUAGGUUCUAAGGUUGUGUGCAAUUCAAAAGAUAAGCUUGUGCAAGUGAAUGCACCAGCAAAGAAGCGGUUAUCCCUCCCAAAUAAUGUUGGCAGGGAAGCAGGGAAGGGACCAACCCGCAGGAAUUCAAUUAACAGGUCUGGUCCAAAAGCACAGGCAGAUGCUCCUAACCUGGGCGGGGAGCCUGUUGAGUUACAGGCCUGA